CAAUGAACAAGGCAAGCAUACUAGCGGAACUUAAACAGCGCAAAGCUGCCAUUGAAGAAGAGUAUCGUAAAGUGGCUGCUUGUUCGGUGCUGCUGGUCGGAGCCGGCGGUGUUGGCUGCGAAGUUUUGAAGAACCUUGUCCUUUCCGGUUUCACAAAAGUCCAUAUUUUUGACCUUGACACAAUCGAAGUUAGCAAUUUGAAUCGUCAGUUUCUGUUCCAACGUCCACAUGUAGGGCAGCCGAAAUGUGUGAUCGCCAAAGAGUCGGCCUUGAAGUUCAAUCCUAAUUGUGAAAUCACUACUUAUCAUGAAAGCAUAAUCAGCGAUAAAUACAAUGUCGCGUUUUUCAAGCAGUUUGCAAUUGUUAUCAACGCACUAGACAAUCGAGCCGCUAGAAAUCACGUGAACAGAUUAUGCCUAGCGGCAGAUGUUGCUUUGAUCGAAAGUGGCACUUCCGGUUUUUUUGGCCAAACGUAUGUGAUCAAAAAAGGCAAGUCGGAAUGCUACGAAUGUGUUCCAAAAGAGGCCAAAGAGAAAACGUACCCUACUUGUACUGUGAGAAAUACACCUAGUGAACCUAUACAUUGUAUUGUGUGGGCUAAACAGCUUUUCAAUCAGCUAUUCGGAGAAGUUUCUCCAGAUGAAGAUAAUGAAGUAUCGCCGGAUAGUAAUGACCAAGAAGCUACAGAGAACCAGGACACCUCAGACGCUGAUCUGAUGAAAGAUUACGGAAGCGAUAAGAAAGUGUCGACCCGUGAAUGGGCAACCUCUGUUGACUAUAACCCUAAAGAAAUCAUCACCAAACUGUUUGUAAAAGACGUGCAAUACUUGCUCACCAUGAAGAAUCUGUGGUUAAAAAGAACCCCACCGAAACCUCUUGAAGUUCCUGCGGAAGAAAACUGGGAGCACCCUUCCGGCUUAAGUGAUACUGAAUUAUGGAGUACAGAUAGCUGGGUUAAAGUGCUGGGAAAGAGCAUAAAUGAACUGAAAAAGAGAAAAAGCGCAUCCGAAGAAGGUUUCCUCACUUGGGAUAAAGAUGAUGACAUCACGAUGGAUUUUACAGCAGGUGCUGCAAACAUAAGGUGCCAAAUCUUCAGCAUUCAAGGAAAGUCCAGAUUUGAUGUUAAGUCCAUGGCCGGUAACAUUAUUCCAGCCAUAGCAACUACCAAUGCAAUAGUAGCGGGCCUAAUGGUAACAGAAGCCAAGAAAGCACUUUUGGGUAACAUUGAAGAUUGCAAACAAAUUUUCCUGAAAAAACUGCCAAGUGGAAGAUACGGUACUCUGUUUGUAGCUUCACAGUUGCACGAGCCGAAUCCGAAAUGCUAUGUUUGCAGUUCUAAACCAGAGGUGGUUUUGCGAGUGAAUUGCUCGAGUUUUCUAAUCAAGUCGCUGGUCGACAAGGUUUUGAAAAAGUCGUUGAGUAUGGUGGAAGCUGAUGUUGAGCUGGACGAUGGAAAAGGAACCAUUCUGGUAUCCAGUGAUCCGGAAGAUAACGUUGGAAAUUUGGAACGGACCCUGGAGUCUUUCAAGGUAACCGACGGGACCAGAUUGAAAGCUGACGAUUUCUUCCAAAAUUUCACAGUAGUGAUUGUCGUUCAGCACAGUGAGAAGGUUGACGAAGAAGAUCGAAGCUUGACCGAUGAACAGAAUUUCCAGAUUUUGGGUCUCGAUGCAAUUCCAGCUGCUUCGGCAAAUGUAGAAAAUGGUAGUGAGAAAAACGGGGGACCACAAUCAGAAAAUGGAUUAGAAAAGAGGGAAACUGAAGAUAAACAUGCGAAAAUUGAGAUGGCUGAUACAACCAACGAAAAAAGCGAGGAUACUUCAGUCACUAAUGGAAGUCAAAAUUGUGAAGUCAUUGACCUUGAUGAUGACGAAGAUGAAGAUGUCAAUCAGCCAGGUGUUUUGGAACCAAAGAGUAAGAAACAGAAAAUUGACGAAAGCGAGUUUGAGGCAUGUGCUAACGGAGAUGCGAAGCGAGUUGCGACUGCAAAAUCUGAAGAGUCGGAUGAUGAUUUGGUGUGCCUAGAUUAAAUGUAGUUUCUGUUCUGUUACGAGUUUUUGGAUUCAGAACUGUAGUUCUCAUAUCUGUGAAGUUCACUGUUGACAGUGAAUAAUUAGUAUGAACCUGAAACUUUUUUGAAGUUGUAACUCUUGUUUGGUGUGAUGCGUCGCAGAAAUUUUGCGAGAAAUUUAGGUGUAGUUUCAGCGUUUUUUGUUACAGCGUGUAUAAAAUGCGGAUAAUGUCAAUCAAGUAAGAGUAAAAUUACUUUACAAGUCGUAAUUUGAGUUAGAUGAUUUGUUUAUUCCUCUAUUAUGUUGUUUAUUAAUUUUUCCUCGGAUGAAU